AUGAUUCGUCGAGUGGUCGGGUCGAGGCUGAUGGUUGUAGGUAUGGUUGAAACUUCCAGUAGACUGGACUUCCAGCGGACGACAACGUCAACGAUAACAAUAAUAUCAGCUGUUUAAGCAUGCUCAAAAUGGCAUCUACUUUAUUGUAGUUAUCGUGUGUAUAUACGUACAAAUCUGGAUACGAACAGAUGCUUCUCCAGUGAAUUUCUAAUGUGUGCAAUUUGAAAUAUCAAGUUAAGAACAUGGGAAAUGCAGAUACUAAACUGAAUUUUCGGAAAGCUGUUGUACAGCUGACAUCCAAAACACAGGUGAUAGAUGCUUCUGAUGAUGCAUUUUGGGAUCAAUUUUGGUCUGAGAAUGUAUCAAGUGUACAGGAUGUUUUUACCUUGAUACCUGCUUCUGAAAUUCGCAUUCUACGAGAAGAAGCCCCCUCAAACCUUGCUACAUUAUGUUACAAAGCAGUAGAAAAAUUAGUUAAAGCAGUUGACAGUAGUUGCAGAACACAAAGUGAACAGCAGACCGUAUUAAAUUGUUGUCGGUUGUUAACAAGGCUUCUACCUUAUAUUUUCGAAGAUCCCGAUUGGAAAGGUUUCUUUUGGUCAAGUCUACCAGGAAAAGAGGAUGAAGAAAGUGUACCUCUUGCACAUUCCUUAUUAAAUACAAUAUGCGAUUUACUGUUUUGUCCAGAUUUUACUGUUGUUACAAAUAGGAAAUCAGGACCAGACAAGGCAGAGGAAUUACAAUCUAUAGAUAGUUGUGAAUACAUUUGGGAAGCUGGAGUGGGGUUUGCUCAAUCUCAGCCCAGACAUCCAGUUUUGGAUUCUAAUAGGACUGAGUUACUCAAAGUUUUAUUAACAUGCUUUAGUGAAACCAUGUAUAAUCCUCCUACAGAUCUUUCAGUUGCACCAAAUAAAUGGAUUCAAUAUUUAACUAGUUCUGAAAACAGACAUGCCUUGCCAAUGUUUACAUCACUGUUAAAUACAGUAUGCGCAUAUGAUCCAGUUGGUUUUGGAGUACCAUACAAUCAUUUGUUAUUUACGGACUCAUUGGAACCUUUGGUUGAUGUAGCACUACAAAUUUUAAUAGUAACUUUAGAUCAUGACACUAGUUGUGGAGCUAAUAUGGAAGAAGGGGCUGUUGGAGAUAAUCUCUUUAUCAAUUAUUUAAGUCGAAUACAUCGUGAUGAAGAUUUUCAAUUUGUUCUUAAAGGCAUCACAAGGUUAUUAAAUAAUCCUUUGAUGCAAACUUAUUUACCAAAUUCAACAAAGAAAGUACACUUCCAUCAAGAGUUGCUCGUAUUUUUUUGGAAGCUAUGUGAUUACAAUAAGAAAUUUUUAUAUUAUGUACUAAAAAGUUCUGAUGUACUUGAAGUAUUAGUACCAAUACUAUAUCAUUUAAAUGAUUCCAGAGCAGAUCAAUCGAGAGUUGGUUUGAUGCACAUUGGAGUGUUUAUUCUCCUUCUUCUUAGUGGAGAACGUAAUUUCGGUGUUAGAUUAAAUAAGCCAUAUACAGCUACAGUACCAAUGGAUAUACCAGUUUUUACAGGAACACAUGCUGAUCUCCUAGUCACAGUGUUUCAUAAAAUUAUUACAACUGGUCAUCAAAGGUUGCAGCCUCUUUUCGAUUGUUUGCUAACCAUUCUAGUCAACGUUUCACCAUAUUUGAAAACAUUAUCAAUGGUUGCUAGUACAAAACUUUUGCAUUUACUAGAAGCUUUUAGCACGCCAUGGUUUUUAUUUUCUGCUCCAACAAAUCAUCAUUUAGUAUUUUUCUUGCUUGAAAUAUUCAAUAAUAUUAUCCAAUAUCAAUUCGAUGGCAACAGUAAUUUGGUCUAUACAAUAAUUAGAAAGAGACAAGUAUUUCAUGCGUUGGCUAAUUUACCAAGUGACUGUAAUACUAUUGCAAAAUCUCUUAGUAAAAGACAAAGAAAACAUAUGCCAUCUAGUAGAUCUACUGAAAAUGUAAAUGAAACUGCCAUGGAAGGUUCCCAUCCAGCUCAACCUGCGGAGCCUGGCACACUUAAGGCUUCAUUACUGGAAACGCCUGGCAUUGAAAACAUGACAGAAAAAGAGUCAGCCCAUCCAUUAAGUCCUGCUUCAGAUGUGGAUGUAAGUAAACUCAAUUUAGGAGCUGAGGAGGAAUCUAAUGAUCAAACUGAAGAAAACAAACUUGAAUCUAUCAUACCAAAAGGAGGACUUCGCGUUGCUGAACAUUCAAAUUCUAUGAAUAGCAUUAAUCAGUGGGUUCCUUCAGCUGACUGGGUUUACCAAUGGAAAAGUAAACUGCCAUUACAGACUAUUAUGCGACUUUUGCAAGUUCUUGUACCACAAGUAGAGAAGAUUUGCAUUGAUAAGGGACUGACAGACGAAAGUGAAAUUCUCAAAUUUCUACAACAUGGAACACUUGUAGGAUUAUUGCCUGUACCACAUCCUAUUCUUAUACGUAGAUAUCAAGCAAAUGCUGGCACAACUGCAUGGUUUAGAACAUACAUGUGGGGUGUUAUAUAUUUGAGGAAUAUUGAACCUCCUAUUUGGUAUGAUACAGACGUAAAGCUUUUUGAAAUUCAAAGAGUCUAAAGAUUUUUUAAAAGCUAAUUUUUUAUUUUGAUCCAUAUUUUUAAUUGUGAAGUGAACAAACAAGUAAGUUUGUAAAAAUUAUUUAAUGUGUGUAACUGUACUGAACAGUUGAGAAAAUAUCAAUGUCUUAGAUUUAUCAUGAAA